AUGAAUAAACUUUUAGAAGGAUCACAAUCAAGUAAUAUAUAUAAUAAAUUAAAUGAAAAUGUCACUGGAAGCCAAUAUGAUACAAUUUGUAAUGUAAUAAAUAAAUCCAAAAAUAGAAAUGGUUUUCCAAGCGGAAGUUAUGAUCUAUGUAAACAAAUUGCAAGAAAUGCGGAUGAUUUAUCAAAAAUGUUAAAUAAAAGUGGAUAUAAUAAUCAAUGUUUACAUUACACAUACUGGAUAUAUUAUGAACUAAAAAAAAUUUUAAAACAAAACUCGGAAGAUGUUAAAACAAAACAAAUAAUUAAAUAUUUGGAAUUGAAAAAUAAUAUUUAUAAGGAAUAUCAAUUACAUAAGUGUCGACCUGACAUUAAGGAUAACAAUAUAAAUGAAUUAAAUGAAAAGGUUGAUGAGAAAUAUUUACAUGAUUAUUUUCAAAAUUAUGAUAUUAUUAAAACCUACUCUGCGUGUGAACGUGCUACAUUUCAAAUCUACAAGGAAUAUCUUACUAAUAUUAGUAAAUUAUACAUGAAGCACAAAAAGGAUAAGCAAUGCUGUGAUGAUCCAUUUUGGGAUAGCUGUCCAGAUUAUUUUAAAUGUCCAAAUGAAUUUGAUCCUAAUAAUCUCUUAAAAGUAUUAAAUUCUGACACAAAUGGUAGAUGUAAUAACUUAAAAAAAUUAGAAAAAACUUCAAAAUCCGUUUAUCCAAUGAGUUCUGGGGGUUCCCAAACAGAUAUUAUAAGUUCAUUUUAUUUUAUUAGCUGUCCAGAUAUUACAGAUAAAAGACAGAAAUGUAAUGUGUUUCCUUCUUACCCUGCAUCUAUGAUAAAUCCUUCUUCAUCCUUUACUCAACAUCCACCUUAUCAUGUAACUUUUACGAUCGAUGGACAACCAAGAACUUCUGUAGAUACCUUGUCACGAAGAGAGAGACCAGGAUCAACUGCAAAUUCAGUACAACCGGAACAUUUACCCUUUUCAGAUCAAUUAAGUCUAAAUGGGUCUCCAGAAACUAAAGAAAAAGAUGUUUGUACAACACCAGGAUAUGUAAAAGAUUCAUCAGGAAAUUGCAGGGAGCCAAAUGUGCGUGAAACACCAACUAUUGGAUUAAGGAUAAAUGAAUAUCAUCCCAACAAAAAAAGAGCUUAUAUAUCAUUCAAGAAUAAUUCUGUUUCUUCUAAUACAUUCAACAUUUUUUUCCGUGCCGGUAUCAUAUUAACUUUGAUAGUGGGAAUAAUUUCCAUUAUUUUUAUUUAUUAUAAAUUUACUCCCUUUGGAAUAUGUUUUCGUAAAAAGAUGUCAAAGAAAAAAGGAAUUGACAAUUAUUAUGAUGAUCCGUAUAUGCGGCAUUUUAUAAUCCGUGCUCCAAAAUCGGUUAAAAGAAAAGUUGGAACUAAGGGAUUAAGAUUUUCUUAUUAUUCCAUGUGA